AUGGAGGGCGUGAUGGGGGCGCCGUCCAAACGGCCGCGGGUGCAGCCUAGUACCUGGCCUCAGGCCUCGGCAGCCUCCGCGGCCGCCGCCAAGCCGAGGCACCUGCCAUCGAUGGCGCCGGAGGUGGCCGAGGCACGCCGGAAGAAUGUGAGGCGGGUGAGCGAGCCAGAAUCCAGCAUCGCCCACGGAAAGCCACUCAAGGUCGAGCCGGAGGAUGGGCCUAAAGGGCCUAAAGAGGAGCACGAGGCCGAGGCCAUCACUGGAAGAAGACCUUAUGUACAAGGCAUCAUCUGUGGUUUUGGUGUCCAGGAGCCCCAGGAGAGCGUGGUGCUGGCGCGGGUGCGGCAGCAACUGAUGGAAACCGAGGCUGCCUUAGCUGCCUUGGAGCAGGAGGGCCUUCAGGAGCCGAAUGAGCCAGUGGAAGCGCGGGCUUUCGCAGAGGCCGAGUGGUGCGACGGAUGA